AGUCCAUGUUGCCUUCUCUCCGCAAAGCUAUCGGUAUCAGCGCAGUCUCUCCUUCAACAUUGCAACAUCUGAUUUGUGUUCAAACCCAGUGGUUUUCAUCAAGGUAUGCUUAUUCAACCUCUUCCAAUGGGCAUUCUUUCACCUUCUCAUAUCUCAUUGACACCUGUGGCUUGUCACCCAAACAAGCUGCUUCAGCUUCUAAGCGUGUCAGCUUCGAAACGCCGGAUAAGCCUGAUUUGGUUAUCAAUUUCCUUAAAAGUCAUGGAUUCUCUCAGCCCCAGAUUGUUCGUUUCAUUGCUGAGAUCCCAUCGUUUCUCCGAUAUGAUCCUGAGAAAACCUUUCUGCCCAAAAUUGAAUUUUUCAAAUCCAGAGGCGUUUCGAGCUCAGACAUCCCUAGGCUCAUAUGUAGUUGUCCUAGAAUCAUGUCAAGAAGCUUAAGGAAGCAGCUCAUUCCUUCCUUUGACUUCUUUCGAGAUGUGUCUCAAUCUGACGAGAAGCUUAUUAAAACUCUUCAAUAUUGCUCGGGCAUUCUUCUUAACGCCAACACAAUUGCCCGGCCUAAUAUGGAGCUAUUGCGAGAAGCAGGAGUUCCUGAAUCAAAUGUCAUCAAAUUGUUGCAAGUGUAUCCUAGGACAUUAACUGCAAGCCCUAAUGUGUUUAAGGACAUUGUAGAAGAAGUGAAGAAUAUAGGGAUCAAUCCUUUGAAGUAUCAAUUUCUUAUGGCUAUUCAUGUAUUCUUCUGUCUAAACAAAUCCUCAUUGGCAAAGAGAGCUGAUGUUUAUAAAAAGUGGGGUUGGUCUGACCAUGACACUCUUGUGGCAUUUAGAAAGUUCCCUCUCUGUAUGGCAGCAGCAGAGGAUAAGAUCGAUGCAAUAAUGGAGUUUCUUGUCCAUAAAUUGGGCUGUGAGUCUUCUACUACUAGCAAAUAUCCUACAGUUUUUACAUUGAGCUUGAAAAGGCGAAUAGUUCCGAGAGGUGCUGUCAUUCAAGCUCUGUUGUCAAGGGGUCUAAUGAAAAAGAAAACAUUGUUUGCAACAUUUGUAUAUAGUGAAAGUUAUUUUCUGAGGAGGUUUCUCCUUUGUCAGGGGCAGGAAGCAACUCAAUUAUUAGAGUUGUAUCAGUCUAAACUGGAUCUUGCAAGGAAAAUGAAGAAUGGAAAGGUUUGAAGGUUGGGAAUGACAUAUCUAGCAUGCAAAGAGCUUCAUAUUACACUAGGAUCUCUCCAUUUGAAUUUAGCCCCAAGUUUUAAAGCUUAUCUGAGAAGGCGUUUUGGAGUAAGAAUCAUGUAUAGAGACAUUGUUUUACCUUUCGUUGGAUUAUAGAACCCUUCAUCAGUAGGCUUUCGUGGGCCAUAUUUUCCAUUUGACCUUCUUCGUCACUAGUGCUGCAUUAAAACCAUCCUUUUCCAAAUCAGAAUUCUGGUUUAUGAUUA